CAAGUUUAACAGUCCAGGCGGGAGCCGGAAGCCCAGCGCGGAGCGGGUUACGCCGUGGCCCCCUUGUUGUGCGGCCGCCCGGGAGGCUCAGUCAUGCAAGAAAACCUCAGAUUUGCUUCAUCAGGCGAUGAUAUUAAAAUAUGGGAUGCCUCGUCUAUGACAUUGGUGGAUAAAUUCAACCCACAUACUUCACCACAUGGAAUCAGUUCACUGUGUUGGAGCAGCAACAAUAACUUCCUAGUGACAGCAUCUUCCAGUGGGGACAAAAUUGUAGUUUCGAGUUGCAAAUGUAAACCUGUUCCACUUUUGGAACUUGCUGAAGGGCAAAAGCAGACAUGUGUCGAUUUAAAUUCCACAUCUAUGUAUUUGGCAAGUGGAGGCCUAAAUAACACUGUUAAUAUUUGGGAUUUAAAAUCAAAAAGAGUUCAUCGAUCUCUUAAGGAUCAUAAAGCUGAAGUAACUUGUGUCACAUACAAUUGGAAUGAUUGCUAUAUUGCUUCUGGAUCUCUUAGUGGUGAAAUUAUUUUACACAGUAUAACCACUAACAUAUCGAGUACUCCUUUUGGCCAUGGUACUAACCAGUCUGUUCGGCACUUGAAGUACUCCUUGUUUAAGAAGUCUCUCCUGGGCAGUGUUUCAGAUAAUGGCGUAGUAACUCUCUGGGACGUGAAUAGUCAGAGUUCCUACCACAACUUUGAUAGCACACAUAAAGCCCCUGCUUCAGGCAUCUGCUUCUCUCCCGUCAAUGAGCUGCUGUUCGUGACCAUCGGCCUGGAUAAGAGAAUCAUCCUCUAUGACACUGCCAGUAAGAAACUAGUGAAGACGUUAGUGGCUGACACUCCUCUGACGGCAGUUGACUUCAUGCCUGAUGGAGCCACUUUGGCUAUUGGAUCUUCCCGUGGGAAAAUCUAUCAGUAUGAUUUAAGGAUGCUGAAAUCCCCGGUGAAAACCAUCAGUGCUCACAAGACAUCUGUGCAGUGUAUAGCAUUUCAGUGCUCCACUGCUCUGACAAAGUCAAGUUUAAAUAAAGGCUGUUCAAAUAAGGCCACAGUGGUGAACAAGCGGGCUGUUACUGUGAGCACUUCCAGUGGAGGAGUUCAGAACUCCGGGAGCUCUAGAGAAGCAGCCGCCGCCCCUUCUGUUGCCACGGUUCUCCCGCAGCCUGUGGCAGCCACCGUGGGGAAAGGAGCAGUGGCUGCUCAGGACAAAGCAGGUUUGUGUCGCAGUGUAAACACAGACACAUCCUCUAAGGAAGCAGACAGUGGAAGAAGCCAGGACAUCUCCAGCUUUGACGAUACUGGGAAAAGCAGUUUAGGUGACAUGUUCUCCCCUAUCAGAGAUGAUGCUGUGGUUGACAAGGGAAGUGAUGAAUCUGCAGGCAAGGGAGAUGGCCUUGAUUUUCUACCCCAGCUGAACCCAGUGUUUCCUCCAAGAAAAACUCCACUAGCCUCAAGCACAUUGGUGUUACAUUCUAGUCCUCUUAAUGUCCUCAUGGCAUCUCCUGUGAAAGAGGAAGCUGACAGUCAUGAGCUGACAGCUGAGUCUAGGAAAGCAUACCUGGGGAAACCAGAGCCUAAGGACUCCUUCAAACAGUUUACAAAGCUGAUCUCAUCUGCUGCUGAAACUGGAAUUCUAAAUACCUCUCUGUCAUCUAACCAAACAAGAAAUCUUGAGAAAUUCGAAAAAUCAGAGAAAGAAACUGAUGCCCAGUUAUUAUGUGAGUUCCCAGUCAAUGGAUCCUCAACUCCAAACCCAAAGAUGGCAUCCUGUGUCACCGCUGGAGUUGCCAGUUCACUCUCAGAAAAAAUAGUUGAUACCAUUGGAAACAGUCGACCAAAUGCGCCCUUGACAUCCAUUCAGAUCCGCUUUAUUCAGAACAUGAUACAAGAAACACUGGAUGAAUUUAGGGAAGCCUGCCAUAGGGACAUUGUGAAUUUGCAAGUAGAGAUGAUUAAACAAUUCCACAUGCAACUGAAUGAAAUGCACUCUUUACUGGAAAGAUACUCAGUGAAUGAAGGAUUAGUGGCUGAAAUUGAAAGGCUACGGGAAGAAAACAAAAGACUGCGGGCCCACUUCUGAACAUUUAGUGAAUACUUUACUGCUUCCUAAUUUGGGACGUUUCUGGCAACUACAUAGAAUCAGUAUUGGUUUCAUGGCCUUUAGGGAAAAAUGUUUUAAAUAAAAGGGUGAUAGGAUUUUCCACCAAGCACUGUUUAAUCUCUGUCAAACAUAUUUAUAUUUUUAUAUUAAAGUUGCACAAUAUGUCAUCUACUGAGUAGGAAAAUCAAUAGAAUGUUUAUUUUCUGAAAGCUUUAGCUAUACACCAAGUGCCCUUUUCAUAGGAGAAGAAAAAUGCCUAAGAAUUGGUUGUUUUUUAAAUGACUUUUUUAGCAGAUAUAUUUUUGAUGGACAAAAUUGCCUUCUAAAUUUUUUUAGGACUUUGAAAUUUAAAGUAUACCAAAUGCCUUCUAUUUUAUGGAGAAAUAAUUUGAAGAUGGCAAUUGGUUUUUUAAGCCAGCAAUAAAACAGAGAUAAAUGGCUAGCUAUUAUUUUGUUAAUAUGAUGACAUCAGAUAUGACUAUUAUUUAUUAUUUGUAUAUGUGAUAACUUUUGAAAUUUGAAUUGUACAGAUACAUUGUAUUAUAUCUUUUGCAUUUAUGUUACUGUAUUAUACUUCUGAAAGUUCUCUAAUUUUGGUUGAUAUUGUUUUGCUAGCUUUAUUUAUGAAAAACUUAAGGGCUAGUAAGAUUCAAUAAGGGCUGAACAUCUGAUUGUAUAAUGAAUUAAUGACAUGCAAAAUCAUACUAUAAAGUUGUAAUCAUGACAAGUUAUAAUCAAUGAAAACUUCAUAUGCUAAAUA